AAAGCGAGGCAGCAGCUUGAGUCGCUGUGGCUGCGGAGCACCAGAUCUACAGAUCAGCUUCAGUUCACCGUGUCUCUCUGCCCAGUGUGUGCGCCGUCACCACAGCGGACUAGUUUGUCUACACUUGUAGCGGUGUAGACAAACAUACGAGCGAGGAUUUGGAUAAUAAGUCUCAUUGUUAUCUUUACGUGAUCGCCUAAAGACGGAACUUUAAGCAGGGAAACAGCAGGUGAGUCUACGAGGCUGCACCUGAAGGAUAAUUCUCCUCGCCAAAAUUGAAACCAGUUUGUUUUCUCUUCCCAACUCCACUUGUUGAUGGGGCAAUAACAAGCUACUCGAGCAGUCACACCGCGGAAAUACACUUAUGCGUAAUUUGGAUAAAAUCCUGUCGGACGGCAGGGCAAAGGAAGUUGUAACCUGUGAGUUUGUGUGGCAGAUUGUGGUGAUGUUUGGCAGCCGGUAGCCUGACAUCAGAUCGUAUUACACAGGCUUUUACCGGGUGAGCAACGGCAUGGGGAAUCAGAUGGACAAGCUGUCACAUUUAAGUUACGCAGAAGUUCCCACAGUGGACCCUAACGGCGUGGACACGGAGGAAGGUCCACGGAUCGGUGUCUCUUACAUAUUCUCGAGCGACGACGACGAGCUGGAAGACGGCUGCACUGUCGAUGGCACAGAUAAGGACCGGAAUAAGGAAGAGAAACAAUACGAUCCGCGCGACGAGGUGGAGUGUGCCGUGUACAACAGAGAUGAGAGUAUUUACGAGAAGAGUGUCAAGUCUGCCAACCUGGAGGUUUACUCCCCGGAGAAUCUGCUAAACAAAUGCAAGGCAGGGGACCUGGUGGAGUUUGUGGCCACGGGUCAGUUCCCGCACUGGGCUGUGUACGUGGGAGACUUCCAGGUUGUGCACCUGCACAGAGCCGAGGUGAAAAACAGCUUUUUAACAGACGCCAGUCAAGGGAGGCGGUGUAGGAUUGUAAACGACUUGUACAAAUUCAAAGCUCUGGGUCCGGACAUGGUGGUGCAGAACGCGAUGGAGCAAGUGGGCUUAAAAGACCGGGAGCUGAGCUGGAGGAACUCAGAGGGCUUUGCCGCCUGGUGCAGAUUCGGCAAAAGGGAGUUCAAAAUGGGUGGGGAGAUCCGAAUAGGCAAGCAGCCGUACAGGUUGAAAAUAUUCAUGUCUGAGAAACAUUCGCACGUUUUGGAGUUUCAGAGUUUGGAGGACAUGAUCAUGGAGAAGAGGAGGAACGAUCAUCUGGGCAGGAAAGCCGUGCUGAAGGAGCUGGCCACACACUUCAGCAGCGUGGAGCAGAGUAAAAGUGAGGAACCAGGCGCUGACUGAUUGCUGGAUGCUCCUCCUGUUGCUCUAAAUGUAUUGUUUUUGCAAGUAGAGUAGCCUUGACCAAACAUAAACUGAUACACUCUGCUUUAAUCUAUAGCAAGCCUUCAAUUUAUUUUAAAUGGAAGCAUCAUUUUAGUCUGUCACAAUGUUAUUGCCUUAAAGCCUCAAUCAUCAAAAUCCUAAGACGCUUCAUGGCCUUAGUAUGAGCUCAAUUAUCUGGGAAAAUCAAAUUGAUUUAGUUCAUAAGCUUGUUUGUAGCUCUGCCCCACCACACAGAAUGUAAAGUCUUUAUAGAGCCUUUUUAAACAUUUAUCUCAAGCUGUCAUGAUUUUUGUGAGAAGAGUGAAUGUUUCUUUAUUCAUCGUGUGUCCUGUGACUUGAUCCUGGUGCAGUUCAUCCCUCAGCUCUACCCAGACAGAAAUAUGUCAGAGUGGCUCGCUGAAUACAAGAAGGAUUCUUUCUGCCUUUAAGGGUUAUUCUCACACCAGCACAUGUUGGAGUAAAAGUUAUGGAGCUGGUCUUGUGUUACACUGAUCCAAGUCUGUCUUUACUGUAUCUACAGUUCAAGUAAACCAUGACCCUGUGUCUUCUUUUCAAAUGA